GUUUGGUAUACAAAUGUUUACUUUCGGUUUAUCACCAUGUCCAUGAUUGAACCUCAGUUAAAAUACCAUGUGUUUUCUGACAAAAUUAUGGACACUGUUGUGAAUUUUCAAGUAUUGAAGUUAAAAGACAGUUUUUAUGUGUGGAUAGGUUCUUCUAAUAAACUGGGAAAUGUAACAGUAGCCAUGCCAACCAAAUUUAGCAGUGUACCCUCUGGAUCAGUUCUCCUUGGUCCGUCUGACUCCCACUGUCUCACUAUAGCACAGCGACUAGCAAAGAAGACCGGACGACAGGUUUUUGUGAGUGGGACUGUGGAUUAUAAUCAGCUGAUGUUGCCCCUCAUCGAGAAGCGCAUCGGACAGGAAUUACAGAACUUUCCUGAAAAAUUCUAUGAUCCAAGCUGAAAACUCCAACUGUGAAUGAACUAGAUUAGAAUUCCAUGCACUGAUGUCUACCAGCGCUGUGACACUAUUUUUUAACUGCCUUCCUUGAUUUAAUCAAUUUUCAAACUGCAUCAGACAACACACACUAUACAUGUAUCAGUAUGUAUGUGUGAAUUGGAUGUAUGUGUUUUUACUUAUUAAUGUUGACUUUUAUACUGUUAAUGUGGAUUAACUUGUACUGUUUGUUAUAAAUAAUUGAAAGUAUGACGUAGAUAAAAGCAGUGAUUUAAAAUACUACUGUAGAAAUGAACACUAUAUUCAAGUUGAAUAAACUAUCAAUUCAU